AUGUCCUUAUCUUUAGGAACUUUCUAAAUAUAUGCGUGGUGACCAAAAUGCGGAACGUGAGCUCCAAAGCAUUCAAUACAUAAUUAGCUUGGGCAUUGAAAGAGAAGAAUUGAGAGAUGAAAUUUUUGUACAAUGCAUGCGACAAACAACAAAUAAUCCCAAUUUGGAGUGGACGGAUCGUUUGUGGCUUCUAAUGUGUCUGACAAUAGUGGCUUUCCAACCGAGUAAAUUGUUAUUUAGAUAUUACUUUUCUUUUUUAAAAGAAAAACUUGAGGUUUUGGAUGGAAAACUAAGACAGUAUGCCCAGUGGUGCUUCGAUAAUUGCAAAUGUACAAAAGUAUCGACGCGAUUACAACCACCUUCAAGUGUGGAAGUUGCGGCUAUGAGACGACUCGGCACAAUUGUCUGUCGAUUUUUCUUUUUAGAUUCCCGAACAAAGGCUAUUGACGUUCAUCCCACAGAUACAGCUAUCGAUGCAGUACAAAAACUUGCAGAUAAACUUAAUUUGGCAUCAAUUGAAGGUUGGGCAAUAUUCCAAUCACGUCCAGAUGGCGAAGAACAUAUAAAAAGUUUUGAAUAUUUAUAUGAUGUCAUCUCCGAAUGGGAGUCUAAGCAAAACUCUCCUAAUAGUUACAAAAGACAUUCAAAUGCGUCUACAUACGGAGAAAAUAGAUUUGUUUUUAAAAAAAGAUUGUUCAAACCAACACGAGAAUUAUCCCAGGAUCCUGUUGAAGUUGGAAUGUUGUACGCCCAAGCAGUAUAUAGUAUUGUAAAGUGCGAUGAAUUCCCUGUCAGUGAAAAAGUUGCUUUACAAUUAGCUGGCUUGCAAGCACAGGUAGCACUUGGAGAUCCAUCUAAUCAGCCGAAGCCUGAAUAUUACUGUGAUAUCAACAGCUUUUUACCAAACCGAAUCUCUAAAACAAGAGAACAACAAUUUUGGAUACCGAUUCUUGCUCAAGCACAUCGACAAUAUGGAUCAUCAAGAAAUGAAUUAACUGCUAAAGUAUUGUACUUAAGUUGUGUUAUGCAAUACCCACUUUACGGAACAACUAUGUUUAACGUAAUUUAUAAAGGAUAUUGGAGCUUUGUCAAUAAUAUAAUUUUAGGAAUCAAUUGUGAAGGAGUCUUAUUCAUUCAACCUGAAGAUAAAGUCAUUAUAUAUCAGUUUAAAUAUUCAGAUAUAGAAUCAAUUUUAAUAGAUCCAAGUGAUAGUUUUCUUACAAUAUCCCUCAAUCGCACUUCUAACCACUCGCCUAGAUUUACGAAUGAAGAUAGCAUUUUUCUUGAUUUGCAAAAAUGUUUUGUAUUUGAAACAGUACAAAAGCAUGAAAUCGGUGCUCUUAUUAUUUCAUAUUACCCAUCACUAUCAAAUUGGAUAUUAAGUAAUUUUGAUUGCACUAAAAAAGGAAAAGGAAUUACCAAUGAAGAUAGAAUUAGAUUGUAUCAAAAUGUUAUUAUAUGCCGCAGGCAAUUAAUAGACUUAAAUAUAGUGCGAAAACCUCAUGAAUCGGGAGGUUUCUUACGAAACACACUGAGACGCUUAUCUAAACAUCGCAUUGAAAAAUUACGAGCAGAACAAAGAACAAGUCCUCAAGACCACGGAGAAACAUAUAAAGGAUUUCCUCAUUCAUUUUGGGCAUUCAGUAAACAGCAACUCACGUUUUGUCUAAGCUCAUUGACGGAUCAAGAUGAAACUACAAUGAUUCAAAUAUUUGACUCAAUUUUAAAAUUUUCCGGCCUUGGAAUAUCAGGUAAUUUUGAAUUAAAUUAG